CUAAGUAUAAACAAAUUUUUGUUUGUUUGUUUUAACUUACUUGGUCUAUAGCAGCUUUCCCCCUUCAGUAAUAACGAGCAGCGCAGGUGGGAGCUGACUUAGCACUACUAAGUUAAUAGUAACAUGCUUAUUCGUGCACACGUGUUUAAGGUUUCAUAGAGAAAUGCCUUUCCAUUGUGUAAUUUCAGCAGCCCAGUCAGCUACUUUUAUUGCUGUGUUAUAUUAAAAUACUAAAUAUAGUACAUUAUUUAAAUAAAUGAGUAGGAUUAAAAUAGAGAAUUGAUUAAAAUACAGCCUUUAAAAAAUAUUUUUGGAUAAAGUAGCAGGGUCCAAGUGAAAUUCAGUCUUGGUUUCCUUUACAGGGAUAGAGCUAUUCACAGUCAGACGACUUACACGUUUUGCAGGAUCUCCUGAGGAAGGCAGACUCUGAACCAGCAUGAAGACUGAAUCUUGUGUUUGGUCUUGAUUUAUAAACCAAACUUUUAUUCUAAUCAUGUGCGAAGUGGAGGUCCUACCAUGGAAACCAAAAUCUUACUUCCUGCUUGACAUAACUCACUUCAAGAAGUGCACGAUGUCAGAACGUGGAAUUAAGUGGGCCUGUGAAUAUUGCACGUAUGAAAACUGGCCGUCUGCAAUCAAGUGCACCAUGUGUCGCGCCCCAAGACCUAGUGGAACUAUUAUCACAGAAGAUCCAUUUAAAAGUGGUUCAAGUGACGUUGGUCGAGAUUGGGACCCUUCCAGCACUGAAGGCGGAAGUAGUCCUUUGAUAUGCCCAGACUCGAGUGCGAGGCCAAGGGUUAAGUCUUCGUACAGCGUGGAAAAUGCAAACAAAUGGUCGUGCCACAUGUGCACGUACUUGAACUGGCCGCGAGCAAUCAGGUGUACCCAGUGCUUAUCCCAGCGUAGGACCAGGAGUCCCACAGAGUCUCCUCAAUCCUCAGGGUCUGGCUCAAGACCCGUUGCUUUUUCUGUUGAUCCUUGUGAGGAGUACAACGACCGGAAUAAACUGAACACGAGGACCCAGCAUUGGACUUGCUCUAUUUGCACAUAUGAAAACUGGGCCAAGGCUAAGAAAUGUGUUGUUUGCGAUCAUCCCAGACCUAAUAAUAUUGAAGCCAUUGAGUUGGCAGAGACUGAAGAGGCUUCCUCAAUAAUAAACGAGCAAGACAGAGCUCGAUGGAGGGGAAGCUGCAGCAGUAGUAACAGCCAAAGAAGAUCACCUCCUUCUACGAAACGGGACUCGGAGAUGAAGAUGGAUUUUCAGAGGAUUGAACUGGCGGGUGCUGUAGGCAGCAAGGAGGAACUUGAAGUGGACUUUAAAAAACUAAAGCAAAUUAAAAACAGGAUGAAAAAGACUGAUUGGCUCUUCCUCAAUGCCUGUGUGGGGGUUGUAGAAGGUGAUCUAGCUGCUAUAGAAGCCUACAAGUCAUCAGGGGGGGACAUUGCCCGCCAGCUCAGUGCCGACGAAGUGCGCCUGCUGAACCGCCCCUCCGCCUUCGACGUUGGCUACACCCUGGUGCACCUUGCCAUCCGCUUCCAGAGGCAGGACAUGCUCGCCAUACUGCUCACGGAGGUGUCUCAGCAAGCCGCCAAGUGUAUUCCAGCGAUGGUGUGUCCGGAGCUGACGGAGCAGAUCCGGCGAGAGGUAGCUGCCUCGCUCCAUCAGCGGAAGGGGGACUUCGCGUGCUACUUCCUAACCGACCUGGUCACGUUCACAUUGCCCGCAGAUAUUGAAGACUUGCCUCCAACAGUCCAAGAAAAGUUAUUUGAUGAGGUGCUUGACAGAGAUGUUCAAAAAGAGUUAGAAGAGGAGUCUCCAAUUAUAAACUGGUCCUUGGAAUUGGCUACGCGCUUGGACAGUCGGCUCUAUGCCCUUUGGAACCGGACAGCAGGAGACUGCCUGCUUGACUCGGUGCUGCAGGCGACCUGGGGCAUUUAUGACAAGGACUCGGUGCUGCGGAAAGCCCUGCACGACAGCCUGCACGACUGUUCACACUGGUUUUAUACCCGUUGGAAAGAUUGGGAGUCGUGGUACUCGCAGAGCUUCGGUUUACACUUUUCCUUGAGGGAGGAGCAGUGGCAAGAAGACUGGGCAUUUAUUCUCUCCCUCGCCAGCCAGCCGGGAGCGAGUCUGGAGCAGACGCACAUUUUUGUACUUGCACAUAUCCUCAGACGCCCGAUUAUCGUUUACGGAGUGAAGUAUUAUAAAAGCUUCCGGGGAGAGACUUUAGGGUACACUCGGUUUCAAGGUGUGUAUUUGCCUUUGUUGUGGGAACAGAGUUUUUGUUGGAAAAGCCCCAUUGCUCUGGGCUAUACCAGGGGCCACUUCUCCGCGCUGGUUGCCAUGGAGAAUGAUGGCUACGGAGGCCGGGGCGCGGGUGCCAACCUGAACACCGACGACGACGUCACCAUCACCUUCCUGCCCCUGGUGGACAGCGAGCGGAAGCUGCUGCAUGUGCACUUCCUCUCCGCCCAGGAGCUCGGUAACGAGGAACAGCAGGAAAAACUGCUCCGGGAGUGGCUGGACUGCUGCGUGACCGAGGGGGGCGUCCUCGUGGCCAUGCAGAAAAGCUCCCGGCGGCGAAACCACCCCCUGGUCACCCAGAUGGUUGAGAAGUGGCUUGACCGCUACCGGCACAUCCGGCCUUGUACGUCCCUGUCUGAUGGGGAGGAAGAUGAAGAUGAUGAAGACGAAUGAACAGGCCACCGAGCAGGAGACAAGGAUGGGCUCUGGCAGCCUCGCAGCGCGUGGUGCUCCAAGCAGAGUGCAUGGCCUGGACCCAGCGAGCCCGCAGGGCCUGCCCGCCCGGAGGGGUCUGAGCCGCACCCCGUGGAGGUGGCGUCUGCCGAGGACCCAGCUUCGUUUGGACUCCAGUUUGUAAACUAAUUUCAUUAAGACAGAACUCCUUCCUCUCAUCGUAACUCUGUCUGUAAAUGUACCGCAUGUGGUUGUGUGAGAAGUGGUGUAAUAGGAAAAGUUGUACCAGCAUCUUCCUGUCACUGAGAAGCUCUCCCAGCAUGGGCACCUCCCAAAGCUCACGGCAGACGGCUUUGUUCCUCUGAGAUAUUUUUAAGUAGAACCUGGCUUUCUGUUUCCAUCUUACAGACACACUUUACAUUGAGUCUCACCAGAGCUCUAGAGAAUUAGGAACUUUUUGUACAAAUUGUCCACAGCAAAACAUAAAAAUAAAAACAAGCUUAUUUUAUUAACAUUUUAGUUCCUGUUGUGCCCAAUAAAAUCAGAUCUUUAAGGAACAAGCUGCAAGGAAGGGAAGAAUUUUUAUUGAGUGAACUUCAUGUAGACAGUCCGUUCCCUUGUUUUGGUUUCUAUUAUUUUGUUGUUUCUGACACGCCCCUUUCAGUGUUUAGGUAUUUAUUUGUUUGGAAAAGAGGAGAGCCCUUAAAACCAGGGUUCUUUUGCCAGACUCUGGGCAACAGCCCCUGCGUGAGCGGCUCUUCCCGGAUGCAGUCAGGGUGUGCUCGAGACGGAGCUGGGGCCUCCGCUCACUGGACUCUGGGCAGCGCUGCUUUCCACACGGCCCCGUGGGAUUCUGGUGUCUUUUGUCAUCAGCUCUGCUAAGCAAACCGUGCUAGCAAGGCAUGCCUUUGCCGGGGCUAACUGGGAUGUCAGUUCAGCACAGAAUAAAGAUUUAAAAUGCAGUAAGGUGGUAAGUGCAUUGUAUUAAUGAAUUUCUCAGUGGGUAGUUGAGAAUUUUUGCAUGUUGGUUAAUUGUGGCCAUUCUUAUUUAAAGUUAAAAGUAUACUCUUAGGUAAGAAAGACUUUUUAUAAGAAGUAUUAUUUUACCACUUCAGGUAAACAUUCAAGGUGGGUCAAAGAUUUCACACCUGUCUCAGGAGCACAGAGUUCGUGUCCUGAUGAGCACUUUGUAGACUGUUGACGUGGCAGAGAACUUGGAAAGAAGCCCCAGGAUACACACACACACUUCCCUCUGAUGGACAAACACCUUCAAAUGUUUGCUUCUGGUUUUCUUCUAAGUUCUUUUGAGAUGGCAUUGAAAUGUGCACAGCCUUGGGGUUGGGUUUGGGUACUAAACGCAGAAGAAUGCCCAGCAGCUGUCCUGUGUCCAGUUCUUUCUCCCCCUCUGCAUACGCAUCAGGUGUGCCCAGGACAAGAGAGCCGCUCUGCGUGCAGCCGGACUCCAUAGAAACAGGCUUCAGUAUAAGAAUGGUGACUGUUACCGUUCCAAGUGGCUAACACUUUUUACACAUUUGCUGUGGUUUGCUUUCAUUUUGGUCAGUAAUCAAUUUUUAGCAGGCUGCCAUUCUGACUACUUGGCGUGGAGCCUCUCGAAACUUCUGUUGUAGUUGCUGUAAGCAAAAACUACCCUCCCAAUCGAAGCCAAAGAGAUGUCUGAGGUUAGAGCAUCUGGUCACUACGUCCACACUGCGGUCAGUGCUGUCCAGAGGGUCCCAGGCCCGGUGUUAGCCUGUGUGCUGUGGUCUCUGAGUGUCGUCCCCCCCGAGGUGCCUCUAUUUAUUGACCCGUGACCCUGACCACAGCUUAGCAGGUGCAGCCCUUCCCUGUGGGAAGAAUUGUAGAUUCCAGGAUCCCAGGCCCGACGCAGGUGGGGCGGAAGUGGUCUCACAGCAGGUUGGGUGAAUCAAUGUUAUGUUAAGCUCUUGAACUAUUAAACAGCCAUAUUUGUUUUCCUGAGAGAGUAUGUAGUCCUUCCCCAAAGGGUACGAGUAUGUGGCUGGGUGACAGACGUGUGUCUUCUGGCUGACGGGACAGCAACACCUUACCUGUGUGGCCUUACGUGCACGGUGGUUUUCCCAGGGCGAGCAGUGUGUUCUGUUCUAACUGGAACCCAGGUGCGUUGACUUUCUGGUCGGCUCGCGCUCACUGGUCUGACUGGUCUGUUCGGGGAGGUCAGCUGUUCCUGGGCGGCUGGGCCUCCAUCUCCUGCACCUGUCAGCCUGCAUCGAUGGCCUGUUUCAGAAAUGGUCACGAAGACGAUUGUGGACCAUGUUCUGCUCCUGGACCGAGUGCUCCGUUCCUGUCCUGUGAGGAGGCUUCGGUGUGACCUUUCAUGGCAGAGCUGCGAUGGGACGACUACCUUGAAAUGAGCCAGGUUGAUGGGUUUAGAUGCCACGAUGGUCUUUUUUUUAAAUGGGUAGGGAAGGGUGAAAGGAGUGGCGCCUGGAGUUGUUGGAUUUGAUUCACGUGGCGAUACCUAGCGAGUACUAAGGGGCUUAAUUUAACAAGGGAGAGCAAGCCAACUGCGAGUUCUUAACAUACAGAAACGGCUGAUGUUAAUUAUUUUGUAAUAUUUUUUUGUAAAUACCGUUUUAAAGGAAGAAUUUUGAGGUUCACCUUCCUUCCUGCAUUAAUGCUCGAGCCAGGUGAUUUUGCUUUUGGGUCAAUUAAAAUCAAAACUCUCUUGAC